CCGUAAUCGCUUUACUUAAGAAGGUUCCGUGGGCGCCGCCAGCAUUUUAUACGGACAGUAUUUACAGUAGUGUGUCUUGUUUUCACUUGCGCCUCUGUAGAGUUUCUUUAUUGCAAAGUGUUGUUUCUGAUCAACUUAAAGAAUAACUAGGAAAUAUGGACAAAUUUGUAAUCAGGAAAAAACAAGAACCUGUUACUUGUCCAUGUCCACAUUCACCACAAGCAAGCACUAGCAACGUUGAUGCAAAAGAACAAGAUGAAGCACAUGACUCUGACUCAGCUUCUGAUUCUGUGCUUGACGAUGGAAAUUCAGAUAAGUCUUCAACUUUAAUAAAGAAAAAGAAGUUAUACGAUCAUAAAUAUAAAGCCGCAAGGGAGAAACAUGAAAAUUUAGGAAAAUGGAUCAAGCCGAGCUCUCAUGGUAUUCAUCAUUUUAAUUGUAAAAUAUGCAAUAAAGGGGUGGUGUAGCUGCCGUCAAAAAACAUAGUCUAUCAAAAAAACAUAUCGACAAAAUGAACGCAAUGCAUAGCCAAUCAAUUUUGUCAAAAAAAAUAUUUUCUAUUCCGUCUGAUAAAAUAAUUAAACAAAAUGAGAUUAGAAUUGCAUCAUUUAUUGCGGAGCAUAAUAUUGCUAUUAACGUUUCUGAUCAUUUGACUGAACUUGUCAAAUCUAUUUGUUUAUCUGGUAUGAAGCCUAG